AUGUCCGCUGGCCUCAGCAUCAAAUCAAUCGCAAUCUUCUUCGCCCCGAUUGUUCUUCCACGCCUUUUAGUAGCAUAUCGUUCUUUCAAUGCAUCUGUCGCUUCUCGCCCACCACCACGCCCAAUCCCCCAGGGUGCCGAACGAGCGUUGAACCUCCUCUUCGUUGCCAUCUCUGUCUACAUCCUCACCAAAUCGCGCAUCACGACCUCCACUGAUGUACUCUUCACUCGCCUCGCACGACUUCGACCUGGUGAGACCUUGACCGCCGCCGAUGAGCUCCUCAAACAGAGUCUCACCUCGAUAAGCGCCCGCAAGAUCUACCUUGCCUUCGGACCGGACACCAUCACCAAGUGCGAGUUCUGCUCGAUCAAUACGCCAUCCACCUAUCUCUUCUUUUACCUCCCAUUCCAGGUCCUUCUGCCGCACCUGGUACAUAUUCUGAUCUUGUUGAUCGCGACAUCAAAGGUCCUCUCAGGCCCCGAAUGCGCUCGCUGGCGAGGCAAGUUCACCCUCGUUGCGUCUUUGGUGGCAUUCUGUGAUAUCUACAUCGCAACCACCCAUGAUGCCCUGGCGGGGGGAUCAGCCCUGGAUAGAGCAGCCAAGAAUUCCCUCGUCGGCUAUGGCUAUUACUACAUUUCUACCUUGGCUCGGCCCUUCGCUUUCGGUGUGUUUGACCUGGGCUGUGCGGCCAUCAUCUACCUCUCUUCGACGCACCGAUUCUUCUUCAAACAACCGUCUUCUUCAGAACAGUUGGACCAAGGGGUCUCGGCAGCCUUGAAGAUGUUGACCGGCGUUCAGUCAAAGCUCCACGCCACGAGUGUUACCCGCAACGCUAUUGUGCGGGAUCGGUCGCUCAAGCAGCGCGACGAUGCAUACUGGCAAGCAAUCGCGGCGGUGGAAGACCGGACUCGAAGCGCAGGUGCAGAUGCGGGCACGGGUCCGAGUACGGUGGUUAACAAUAUCUGGGAAGAGCCGGAGGUGGUGCAGGCCAUGUCGAGGGCACUUACUGGUCAUGGCGGCGUGGAUCUGGCACAGUUGGGGAUGAGUGCGCAGGAGUUUGUUCGCGGGGCGACGGACGGGCUGGACUAG